AUGAAGCUCAACGCACACACCGCACUCUCAACGCCUACCCUCCUCCUGGUGCCAUACAGCGAGCACCACGUUCCGCACUACCAUGAAUGGAUGAAGGAUCCGGAUCUGCAGAGUGCCACAGCGUCAGAACCGCUCAGUCUCGAGGAAGAAUACGCCAUGCAGCGCUCCUGGCGGGGUGAUCGUGAUAAGUUGACGUUCAUUAUCUGUCAGCCUUUACGCCAAAAAGAUGAUCGGGAGCAACGACCUGGCAUGAGCCAUGUUAGAGUGGGAGAAGAUGAUAGUCCAGAGAGAAUGAUUGGCGAUAUCAAUUUGUUCUUGUUCGAUGCGGAGAUCGAGGAGGGGGAGAGGGAGGUGGAGGAAUUGGGAGGAAGUGGGAGUGGGAGUGUCGUUGGGGAGGUGGAGUUGAUGAUCGCACGCAAAUCCCUCCAACGGCAAGGAUUCGGCCGUGCAGCGCUCCUAACAUUUAUCGACUACAUCCAUACCCACUGGCCUGAUAUCGCGGCCGAAUACGCUCAGAGCGGAGCCAUCACACCACAACUCAGCUUCCUGCGGGUCAAGAUCAACCAGACGAAUGUAGGCAGCAUUCGGCUCUUCGAGGGUGUAGGUUUCAUCCGGACUACUGAGGAGCCGAAUUAUUUUGGAGAGCUGGAAUUGAGGUUUGUGCCGGAUUUGGAGGGGUUGAGGAAGCAGAAGGGGUGGGAGGAGGUCGUGGAGUUGGGGUAUGGGUAG